AUGCCCGCUUCCACGGCGCUCCUGGCGCGCGCGGCGCGGCUCUUCUCCCAGCGCGGCCAGGGCGCGUUGGUGGGCAGAGUUUCCGGGCGCGUGCGCAUGCAGGCCCAGAGGCUCCAUGGCCGCGGCGGCGGCUUCCGCGCCCGGAGCGGCGGCCGCGAGGGGACGCAGAAGUGGUCGCUUUGUCUAGUGGCUUCCUGGCAGAGGAGAUAUUGCAAGUGCCCCGCGUGCUUCAGCUGCGCGCAGCUCACGGCUGACGCGAACAUGAGCCACGAGCUGGGCAGAAACAACAGGGGUAGCCCGACGAUCGUUCACGGCUCUGCGCAAGGCGUGGCGAAGCUGGAGAAGACGGGUGCGCUGCAGAGGUCGAUUCCAAACAAGCCCAUGCCCGACGCCCAGCCCGUCGCUCAGCCCCUCGCCAUGGCCGACGUCUCGAUGGACCCCGUCGCAGAGACCGACGCCGUCCAGGAGGCCAGCCCGUCUCCGAAGGUUGCGUGGCUCAUCGAGCACGAGAAGGAGAAGAUCUGGAAGCACCCGACGCACUGGUGCACGUUCCCGAAGAUGCGCGUAAAGAGACAGCGCCAGGACAUCCACCAGGACAGCGCCAGGACAGCACCAGGACAACGCCAGGACAACGCCAGGACAGCGCCAGGACAGCGCCAGGACACCCACCCGGACAGCGCCAGGACAGCGCCAGGACAGCGCCAGGACAGCGCCAGGACAGCGCCAGGACAGCGCCAGGACAGCGUCAGGACAGCGCCAGGACAGCGCCAGGACGGCGCCAGGACAGCGCCAGGACAGCCGCCAGGACAGCGCCAGGACAGCGCCAGGACAGCACCAGGACAGCGCCAGGACAGCGCCAGGACGGCGCCAGGACAGCGCCAGGACAGCGCCAGGACAGUACCACGACAGCGCCAGGACAGCGCCAGGACAUCGCCAGGACAGCGCCAGGACAGCGCCAGGACAGCGCCAGGACAGCGCCAGGACAGCGCCAGGACAUCGCCAGGACAGCGCCAGGACAGCGCCAGGACGCGCCAGGACAAGCGCCAGGACACACGCCAUGACACCCGGCCAGGACACCCGCAGGACCGCGCCAGGACAGCGCUAGGACAGCGUCAGGACAGCGCAGGACAGCGCCAGGACAUCUUGUGCCCAGGACAGCGCCAGGACAGCGCCAGGACAGCGCCAGGACAGCGCCAGGACAGCGCCAGGACAUCGCCAGGACAGUUCCAGGCCAUCGCCAGGACGGCGCCAGGACAGCGACAGGACAGCGCCAGGACAGCGCCAGGACAUCCGCCAGGACAGCGCCAGGACAAGCGCCAGGACAGCCACAGCUGUCCUGGCGCUGUCCUGACGCUGUCCUGGCGGGUGUCCUGGCGGGUGUCCUGGCGCUGUCCUGGCGCUGUCCUGGCGGUUGUCCUGGCGCUGUCCUGGCACUGUCCUGGCGGAUGUCCUGACGUUGUCCUGGCGCUGUCCUGGCGCUGUCCUGGCGCUGUCCUGGCGCUGUCCUGGCGCUGUCCUCGCUGUCCUAGCGCUGUCCUGGCGCUGUCCUGGCGCUGUCCUGGCGCUGUCCUGGCGCUGUCCUGGCGCUGUCCUGGCGCUGUCCUGGCGCUGUCCUGGCGCUGUCCUGGCGCUGUCCUGGCGCUGUCCUGGCGCUGUGGCGCUGUCCUGGCGCUGUCCUGGCGCUGUCCUGGCGCUGUCCUGGCGCUGUCCUGGCGCUGUCCUGGCGCUGUCCUGGCGGCUGUCCUGGCGCUGUCCUGGCACUGUCCUGCCACUGUCCUGGCGGCUGUCCUGGCGCUGCCCUGGCGCUGUCCUGGACAGCGCCAGGACAGCGCCAGGACAGUGACAGGACACCCGCCAGGACAGCGCCAGGACACCGCCAGGACAGCGCCAGGACAGCGCCGGGACAGCGCCAGGUCAGCGCCAGGACAGCGCCAUGACAUCGCCAGGACAGCGCCAGGACAGCGCCAGGACAGCGCAGGACAGCGCAGGACAGCGCCCAGACGGCGCCAGGACAGCGGCCAGGACCGCUGCCAGGACAACAGCCAGGACCUCGCCAGGACCGGCGCUGCACAAUCGCCAGGACAGCGCCAGGACGGCGACGGGACAGCGCCAGCACAGCGCCAGUACAGCGCCAGGACAGCGCCAGGACAGCGCCAGGACAGCGCCAGGACGGCGCCAGGACAGCGCCAGGACAGCGCCAUGACAGCGCCAGGACACCCGCCAGGACAGUUCCAGGACGGCGCCAGGACAGCGCCAGGACAGCGCCAGGACAGCGCCAGGACAGCGCCAGGACAGCGCCAGGACAGCGCCAGGACAACGCCAGGACAGCGCCAGGACGGCGCCAGGACAACGCCAGGACAGCGCCAGGACAGCGCCCGGACAGCGCCAGGACAGCGCCAGGACAGCGCCAGGGUGGAUGAGAUGAGAUGGGGAAUGGCGGGCCCCCACGCUGCUGGCGGGUGUCCUGGCGGUGUCCUGGCCCUGUCGUUGCGCUGUCCUGGCGCUGUCCCGGCGGGUGUCCUGGCGCUGUCCUGGCGCUGCCCUGGCGUUGUCCUGACGCUGUCAUGGUGGGUCACCUGGCGCUGUCCUGGCGGGUGUCCUGGCGCUGUCCUGGCGCUGCCCUGGCACUGUUCCAGCGCUGUCCUGGCGCUGUCCUGGCGCUGUCCUGGCGCUGUCCUGUCGCUGUCCUGGCGCUGGACUGGCGCUGUCCUGGCGGUGUCCUAUCGCUGUCCUGGCGCUAUCCUGGCGAGCGUCCUGGCACUGUCCUGGCGCUGUCCUGGCGCUGUCAUGGCGCUGUGCUGGCGCUGUCCCGACGCUGUCCUGGCGGUGUCCUGGCGUUGUCCUGGGGGGUGUCCUGUCACUGUCCUGGCGCUGUCCUGGCGCUGUCAUGGCGCUGUCCUGGCGCUGUGCUGGCGCUGUCCUGGCGGGUGUCCUGACGGUGUCCUGGCGGUGUCCUGGCGGGUGUCCUGGCGAUGUCCUGGCGGUGUCCUGGCGGUGUCCUGGCGCUGUGCUGGCGCUGUCCUGGCGCUGUCCUGGCGGGUGUCCUGGCGGGUGUCCUGGCGCUGUCCUGGCGCUGUCCUGGCGCUGUCCUGGCGCUGUCCUGUUGCUGUCCUGGCGUGUGUCCUGGCACUGUCCUGUCGCUGUCCUGGCGCUGUCCUGGCGCUGUCCUGGCGCUGUCCUGGGGGUGUCCUGGCGCUGUCCUGGCGGGUGUACUGGCUCUGUCCUGGUGCUGUCCUGGCGCUGUCCUGGCGCUGUCCUGGUUGUGCCUGUGCCACUGUCCUGGGCGGCCCGGGGAAGGCGAAGCUUGAGCCCAACGGGAAGUACGAGAAGUGGAAGCCGAAGAUUGAGCUCGACAGCAUCAGCUACAGCGCGGGGAUCAGGGCAUGCGAGUUUGAGCAGGGGCUGCCAGAAGUGAGGGCGACCAGCCCAGAAGGGACGAGCAAGGCGAUGUGGGCCGCGCGGCGGGUCAUCGCCGACGUGUGGCUGCGGGGUGCGCCGAAGCCCGCAGCCGCCACGACCCGCGGCGCUGGACCUCCCAGCGCAGCGCACGAGAAGGUACGACAGCCGAGGAAGGAGGCGGCGAAGGUGAAACCUAACGCCAUCAGCUACAGUGCGGAAAGUGCCGAAUCCCGCUACGAGGAAUGGUUGGCGAAGAGAUUCAGACGCGGCAGGUCUGGCACGGCGUGCCCCUUAGAGCAGCUCCGCGCGGGUCCGGCGCCGCCCGUAAUGGACCUGACGUCCGCCGGACUCGAAGAUCUCUUCGCGACGCCGGCGGUGCCCCUCGCGGUGCCGGUCGGCGUGGCGCCCCCACUGCUUGACAUGAUGGGAGGCAGCUCCUCUGGAAGCAGGGCGUCGGCGGUCCAGAUCAGCCAGGCGGACUCCUUGCAGCAGCAGUUGAAUCAGCUGCAGUUGCAGCCACAAUUGCAGCAGCCGCUGCACCCAGAGCAGCUGCACCCGCAGCAGCUGCAGCAGCUGCAUGUUCAGCAGCAGCUGCAGCAGCAGCAGCUGAACCAGCAACAGCAGCAGCUGCCACAGCAGCAGCUGCAGCAGGCUGCGCCAGCCUUGGGCGCAUUGGGGUCGGCAGGCGCUGGGACGGGCUGGCCGCCUCGGGACCCCCUUGCUGGCGCCGCGGUUGGGGUGGGCUGGCCGCCUGGAGAUCCCCUCGCCGGCGCCGCGGGCGCUGUCGCAGCUCCCCGACGGCAAGGAGGGGCGCCGCCGCCGCCGCCCCCGCCGGCCCAACAGCCGCCGAGCGCCGACCCGUUCGACGCCCUGCUCAUGGGGCCGCUCGGCAGAUAG